CACUUUUUCCGUUCUGCUGUGUUGUGCAAAAGUUGAGAUGACCGAAAACGUGCCCGUUGCCGAAUUGCAAAAUCUGGACCUAAACCAACAAAAGGCAUGAACCAGUACUUCUGUUAUAAGUAAAACUAUCUUAAAAAACUGUAGUGCGUCGAAAUGCGACUACUGUUGGCGGUAUCCGGAUGGUCCGGGACUGCCAAUACGCGUUCCCAUUUUACUUCCCUGCUAGCGUUGCAGCAGUUUCGUCAUCGUCAAUACCAUCAUCAGCAACAGCAGCAGCAGCAGCAGUUGCUGGAACAACCAAUACUAGUAAAAUUACCAGCUGCCGGACCGUUCGGAUUGUUCGGUUCUCGGUGCCAGUUCGCUACCCUGGCCAGCAAGAUGAAGAAAGAGAAACAGAAAAAUCAGCAGGAAAAAGCUGGAAAUGCGAGUGCAACUCCAAAGGCUGCUCAACCGGCGGAAAUGCUUCCCGAGUUUAUCGAUCACCGUAUCAAAAUCUACGACGAACUGCGGGCCCAAUAUCUGGACGAGCUGUCUAAGAAACACAAAAAUCCCAUCAAGGUAACCCUGCCGGAUGGUAAAGUCGUAGAAGCUACUAGCUGGGAGUCCACUCCGUAUGAUGUGGCCAAGGGUAUCAGCCAAGGGUUGGCGGACAAUACCAUCAUUUCCCGGGUCAAUAACGAGCUGUGGGAUCUUGAUCGACCCCUGGAGGGCGACUGCAAGCUGCAACUGUUGAAGUUCGACGAUCCCGAAGCGCAAGCCGUUUUCUGGCAUAGCUCGGCACACAUACUUGGCGAAGCCAUGGAGAAGCGCUAUGGAGGUCAUCUCUGUUACGGUCCUCCAAUUGAUAAUGGAUUCUAUUACGACAUGUUCUUGGACGGAAGUGGUAUUUCCAAUCAAGAUUACGGAGCACUGGAAUCCGAAGUUAAGAAAAUUGUCAAGGAAAAGCAACCUUUCGAGCGAUUGGAAAUGAAAAAGUCCGAUCUGCUCAAAAUGUUUGAAUAUAACGAAUUCAAAUGUCGCAUUCUGAACGAGAAGGUUACCACAGAUACUACAACAGUGUAUCGCUGUGGUCCGUUGAUCGAUCUUUGCCGUGGACCUCACGUACGUCAUACUGGCAAGGUUAAGGCUUUGAAGGUAGUCAAGAAUUCAUCCACAUACUGGGAGGGAAAGGCCGACGCUGAAACGCUGCAACGUGUGUAUGGAAUUUCCUUCCCAGAUCCCAAGCAGCUUAAGGAAUGGGAGAAAAUACAGGAGGAAGCAGCUAAACGGGAUCACCGUAAACUUGGCAAGGAGCAGGAAUUGUUCUUUUUCCACGAGCUGUCGCCGGGUUCUUGUUUCUUCCAGCCAAAGGGGGCUCACAUCUACAACACCUUGAUGAAUUUUAUUCGCAGCGAGUACAGAAAACGUGGUUUUCAGGAAGUCAUUUCGCCGAAUAUUUACAAUGCCAAACUUUGGCAAACGUCUGGCCAUUGGCAGCAUUAUGCCGAAAACAUGUUCUCCUUUGAAAGCGAGAAAGAAACCUUCGCUUUGAAACCGAUGAAUUGUCCAGGUCACUGUUUGAUUUUCGAUCAUCGUAACCGUUCGUGGCGCGAACUUCCACUGCGUAUGGCAGAUUUUGGAGUUCUCCAUAGGAACGAACUUUCUGGUGCGUUGACGGGAUUGACACGUGUUCGUCGAUUCCAACAGGAUGAUGCCCAUAUUUUCUGUAUGCCCGAGCAAAUUCGCCAAGAAAUUACCGGCUGUUUGGACUUUUUGCGUCAUGUUUAUGGUAUUUUCGGAUUCACUUUCAACCUGGUUCUGUCCACCCGUCCAGAGAAUUUCCUCGGAGAAAUCGAAGUUUGGAACGAAGCUGAGAAAGCUUUGGCUGAAUCGUUGAAUGCUUUUGGUGAACCAUGGAAAGAAAACCCAGGUGAUGGAGCUUUCUAUGGACCGAAGAUUGACAUCACGAUAAUGGAUGCCCUCAAACGGAACCAUCAGUGCGCUACUAUUCAAUUGGAUUUCCAGUUGCCAAUUAGGUUCAAUCUGAACUACAUCGAUGAUAAUGGCGAAAAGAAACGGCCGGUCAUUGUUCAUCGCGCUGUUCUGGGAUCAGUGGAACGUAUGAUUGCUAUUCUGACUGAGAGCUACGCUGGAAAGUGGCCAUUCUGGUUGUCUCCACGACAAAUCAUGGUUGUUCCAGUCGGACCCCAGUAUGAUGAGUAUGCUGACACGGUACGUCAACGUUUGCAUGAUGCUGGUUUCAUGGCUGAGGCGGAUCUGGAUGCUGGUGAUACAAUGAACAAAAAGAUUCGAAACGCACAGAUUGCGCAAUUCAAUUUUAUCCUUGUUGUUGGUGAGAAGGAGCGCAGCUCUGAAACGGUUAACGUUCGUACUCGGGAUAACAAAGUCCAUGGCGAAGUAACAGUUGCCGAACUUAUCGUCAAGCUUCGCCGCUUAGCGGACGAUUAUGUACGAAGCGAAGAUCAAUUCUAAGACAAAGUAAGUUUACCUUUCAAAUAUUUUCUCAGCGCAUUUUGUUCCGAAUUAGAAGAAUCCUAAACAAAGUGGAACUGUAAUAAUCGUUCACAUAAGUUAUUAUUUGAUAACCCCUUCAAAUAAAUCAAUGAACUUUAA